AUGGGCAAUACACAAAAAUUAGAAUCAGCUGGUGUUGCAUUAUCAUUAGAUAAAUUUACUUUGGAUGUUAAUGACUUGGUCAAUAAAAUGAGUGUCUUAUUAGAAGAUGCGAAGAUAAAGAAAAAUUUAAAAAGAUUGGAAGUUUUAGCCAAGAUCAACAGUAGACGAAAAUAUAGUAGCAGUCGAAUAAUCUUUGACGUUUAUGGAGCUUUAUUAGGUAUCGUUCUUACACUUAUCGGAGGAAUUGCAUUCAAAUUGAUUAGAUAUUUGUUAAAUCUUUCGUCUAUUAGAAUAAUCAAAAAGAGAAUAGAUAUUUUAAAUUUUCGCUUUAGUAUAUAA